AUGCAGGACGAGGUCCUGGAUGUGGGUUUCGAUCCGGCAGAUAGCCGGAUGAUGCAUUUUGGAGACGACUCCGGGGAGCCCGAGGUCCUUUUUAAUCCUGGCCGCCUCCGGCUCCCUGCCUGGGCAUUCCGAGAGGUCGCGCUGCUGAGGCAAGAGAUUCUUCGUCUCCGCGAAGAAGAAGGUCGUGUGGACCUAGCCAAGCAUGAGAACCUGCGACGGCGAUUGGCGUGCGAAGUCUCAGUUCAAAACGUGCCGUUCCUGGCAGUGGAUGCGGACUCCCCGCUCCAUUUCUUCGCGCCCUUGGAGUGCAAAAUACGGGACUUGGUGCCACUGUCUUUUUACCUCUCCCAUGACACCUACGCCCUGCCGACGGAGAUGCAAAAGGACUUGGGGCCACAGGCGCCAAAACUGAUCGCCGGCUGGGCCAGUCCGAACUCCUCGCGCAUCUGGGCUACGAACGGGCCCCCAUGGCGCGUUCCGUACCCGCCCUGGAGCGAGAAAACCGUGCCCGAGCCCGGUCAGGACACAAUGAUCUACAGCUGCUUCCACUGCGACCGCAUGGAGAAUUUCCAUUCUCUGCUUGCAGGCGAGAAGCAGGUUGUGCUGGUCCCUCCGGGCCAGCAUGACGUUCUCAACUCCACGAGGUAUGCCACGCAGAGGCAGUGGUUGCUGGCGCCCGUGUCGGCCACGUCCCAGCGCUAUCUUGGCUCCACUCUGUUCACCUCGAAGCAAACGGAAUGCACCAGCGAUCAGAGUGCUGUGCAUCCUUUCCGUCCGGCAGAGGCCAACCGCAAGGUCUCCAGAGGGCAAUGGCCCGACCAUGUGGACUUCCCCGUGCGGCGCGGCACAUUGAGGAAGGGAGACACGCUCUACAUCCCAGCUUACCACUGGCAUUGGGUGGCGACGUCCACACCGCCUUCCUUGGGCAUCCAGGACGAGGGUCCACUGGCCUUGUCUGUGAAUUUCUGGUGGUGGCCCAUACACAACGACAAGGCCAUGGAAGACUGGAGCUUCCAGAACGAGUGUGAGUCUUUCAGGAAUGCUCGAAUUCCACUGCCGAAGGACAAGCCGCUGCCAGAUCGCGCGGCUCACGCUGUGUCUUUCUACCAGCUCACGGCGCGACAGAGGCAAGAGGCCUCCGUCCCAAAGCCGUGGCCUUCAGGGAACGGCGUGGCUCCCAAAGAUCGGAGCCACCUGGACACAGAGUCGGAUGGAUCCAUCCGGAGUGCUGCUGUGAAGAACAGCAAGUUCGUCCUGGAGUUCGAGCUGGUGGAUUAG